GCUAUGGCGGAAGUAGAAGAAAACCCAAAAGUGAUCAAUGAAGAAGACGAAGACGAAGAAGAAGAGAAAAUUAUUCAACAUUACUCUUCAUAUCAUCAAAUACUCUUAGUGGGUGAUGGAGAUUUUUCUUUUUCUCUCUGUUUAGCUCAGGUUUUUGGUUCUGCUUCGAACAUUGUUGCUUCGUCUUUACAAUCAUAUGUUGAAGUGAUCAAAAUGUACAAGAAUGGGAAAUCGAACUUGGAAAAGUUGAAAUCUUUGGGAGGAACUGUGUUGCACGGUGUGGAUGCAACUAAAAUACAGCUUCAUUCUGAUCUUAGUAACCGGAAGUUUGAUCGGAUUAUCUAUAAUUUUCCUCAUGCAGGGUUUCAUGGCACUGAGGAUAGUGAUCAUCUUAUACAAAUGCAUCAGAAUCUUGUGGGACGUUUUUUUGAGAGUGCCAAGAAAAUGUUGCGAGUUGAUGGUCAAAUUCAUGUAACACAUAAAACGUGUCUUCCAUACGGCCGUUGGGAUCUUGUUGGACUUGGAUCAGGAAACUCCUUGAUGUGUAUCGAAUGUGCUGAUUUCAAGAUUGAAAAUUACCCUGGUUACAACAAUAAAAGAGGAGCUGGUUCAAAAUGUGAUGAGCCUUUUCAUUUGGGUGAGUGCAAUACCUUCAAGUUUAUACCCAACCCAUCUCCUAAGAAUGUGCCAAGAACAAAACACAAGAAACACUUUUUACAUGCGCCAUCUCAGAAUCUACAAAACAUUCCCAACUCCAUAAGUCCUUCGAUUUACUCCUUCCAACAGCCACUAAGUUGGAUUGACAGUAGAAAUUCUCCAACUUGUGUCAUCAAUGGCAUGAACGGUUUUCCAAGUUAUGCAUAUCAGAACUUUCAAAAAGUUCCCAACUCCAUAAGUCCUCCGAUUUACUCCUACCAACAGCAACAAAGUUGGAUUGACAGUAGAAAUUCUCCAACUUGUGUCAUCAAUGGCAUGAACGGUUUUCCAAGUUACGCAUAUCAGAACUUUCAAAAAGUUCCCAACUCCAUAAGUCCUCCAAUUUACUCAUUCCGUCCAUCUUAUGUGAAUGACAUGAAUGGUUUUCCAAGUCAUGUUGGUUUACCUGCAAGGCAUGACCCCAUAAGUGAACUUUUCAGGAUCUUUAAGCUGUAUUUCAGUUAUAUUGAAGAAACAUUUGGAAGAGUGGACACUAAUGUUGAAGUUUCAGUUCGUCGAGCUCUAGAUCAUGGUGCUGUGAUAUUCAGGGACGAGACCGGGAGGCCCCCUGGAGAUUACUUGGAAGCUUUGGAAGGGCUUCAUUGUUGGAGCCGGUCAAGAAUUCAGAAGUUACAACAGAGAUUCAUCGAAGGCUGAUUGAGCAACAUGGUAUGGGACAUUACCUAUAAAUUAUGUGAAUAACUAGAUAUGCUUAUGCAAGUAGUAGUUGUUAAUUAACUACUCCUUACUUGGGAGUGCCAAAAUAAAUGUCUCUCUUAAUUAUGCUGAAAGAUCU